GAAACUGAUCUGAGUCUCUCUGUCGUCUGUCUGUGUGACAGUGAACAACCGUCCAAAUGGCUCGACAGGGAGAUCUGCUGGACCAGGACCAGUUCUGUUGUUCUGUCUGUCUGGAUUUACUGAAGGAGCCGGUCACUAUUCCCUGUGGACAUAGUUACUGUAGGAGCUGUAUUGAGGGCUGCUGGGAUCAGGAUGUUCUGAAAGGGGUCUAUAGCUGUCCUCAGUGCAGAGAGACCUUCACUCCAAGGCCUAAUCUGAGGAAAAAUAACAUGUUGGCUGAGCUGGUGGAGAAACUGAGGAAGACAGGACUCCAGGCUGCUCCCCCUCCUGCUCUGUGCUAUGCUGGACCUGGAGAUGUGGCGUGUGAUUUCUGCACUGGGACCAGAAAGCAGAAAGCCCUCAUGUCCUGUCUGGCAUGUCUGGCAUCUUACUGUGAAACUCACCUCCAACCUCACUAUGAAUUUCCUGCUUUGAAGAAGCACAAGCUGGUCAAAGCCACGGCACAACUACAGGAGAAGAUCUGCUCUCAUCAUGACAAACUGCUGGAGGUUUACUGUCGUACCGAUCAGCAGUGUAUCUGUCUGCUGUGUACAAUGGAUGAACAUAAAGGCCAUGAUACAGUGUCAGCUGCAGCAGAGAGGACUGAGAAACAGAGGCAGCUGGGGAUGAGUCAGCAGAAGGUCCAGCAGAGAUUCCAGGAGAGAGAGAAGGAGCUGAAGGAGCUCCAACAGGCUGUGGAGUCUUUCAAGAGGUAUCAGUCUCUCUCCAGUAUCAGUGUAUCUUCAGACUUACCCAGCAUCGUUGUCCGUCCUCUUCAGUACUUUGGAGAUGUGAGUCAGACUGUGUCUGAACUGAGAGAGAAACUAGAAGACUUCCUUAAAGGAGAAUGGACCAAGAUCUCCACUACAGUGAAUAUAGUGGAUGUUGUACUGCCUCCAGAGCCCAGAGAACAGUUGUUACAAUAUUCCUGUCAGCUCACACUGGACCCAAACACAGCAGGCACACACCUCUCUCUGUCUGAAGGGAACAGAAAGGUGACCUGUACACGCCAAGUCCAACCAUAUCCUGACCAUCCAGACAGAUUCACCAACUGGUGGUGUCAGGUUCUGUGUAGAGAGGGUCUGUCUGGACGCUGUUACUGGGAGGUGGAGAGGACUGGUGGUGUUUAUACAGCAGUCUCAUAUAAAGACAUCAGCAGAACAGAGAGAGGGAGAGAUGGUGGAUUUGGAUACAAUAACAAGUCAUGGAGUUUACUGUGCUCUAGUGGUGAUUAUUGUUUCAGACACAAUAAUGUUGAGACUAAAGUAUCAGGCCCUCAGUCCUCCAGAGUAGGAGUGUACCUGGAUCACAAGGCAGGUACUCUGUCCUUCUACAGUGUCUCUGAUACAAUGACCCUCCUCCACAGAGUCCAGACCACAUUCACUCAGCCCCUCUAUCCUGGGUUUAGUCUCUAUAAUUAUAAUCAUACUGCUGAGCUGGUUAAACUGUAAACUGAUUUGUUAUUAAUUAAAAUUCAAUCCAAUGUUUUAAUCUUGUACAUUUCCAUGAAUCAUGAUGUCUGGUGUUGAUGUAUAUUGGUUGUCAUUCAGAACCAUUGAUAUGUUUUCUCAGUUGGUUCUCUGUCUCUAUGUAAUUCUCCUCAGUAUCAUUGAUCAGCUUGUUGGCUCGGUCCUAAUUGAUGUGUUCUCUGUCACCUGGAGCUGCAUGGAAAAUGGUCCAGGAACUAAAGGACAAUUCAGGACUAGUCAGCCCACUACAAGCUGGUAUCACUUACUUUCUACUAAACUAUAUGGUCUGGUUUCCCAGACACAGAUGAAUCCUAGUCCUGGACUAAACAGUAUGUUCAAUGUAGAUGUCCAGGAAACCGGCCCUAAAUGUGUCAUCUUUCAUCCUCCCAUACUGCUCAGUCCAGCAACAUUAAACCUGUCCAGCAGGUGGUGCUGUUGACCAAACAAUAAAACCAGCAGAUAUCUUGACUUGCCACUCAGUAUAUCAGUAAUGUUCAGAAUAGUACUUUAAUAUCAUUGGAGAUUGAUGGUCUUUUUAAUCCACUAUCCAGAGUCAGGAACAGAUGAAGUUAGGUCUGCUACUGUUCAGUGAUUAAAUAUGAUUUAUGGUGAUGGGAAAUAAUAAAAAACACUCAACUUCAUCUAG